AAACAUUCUUCUUCUGCUUCCUUUCCCCAGUUCUCUCAUACGAUAGAACUUAAUCAGCUUUCAGAUACACCAGGCACCACCCAAAAUGCCCAUUAAUCAACCCUCUAACCAAAUAAAAUUCACAAAUGUCUCCGUUGUCAGGCUGAAAAAAGGCAAAAAGCGCUUCGAACUAGCAUGCUACAAAAAUAAACUCCUAGAAUACCGCUCUGGUGCCGAAAAAGACCUCGACAAUGUCCUCCAAGUGCCCACUGUCUUCCUCUCCGUCUCAAAAGCGCAAACCGCGCCGUCCGCCGAACUAACCAAGGCAUUUGGAUCCGGCGUCAGCGGUGACGAGAUUAGACAAGAGAUCCUCCGCAAGGGAGAAGUGCAAGUUGGAGAGCGCGAGCGCAAGGAGAUCGCCGAGCGCGUGGAGAAGGAGGUGUUAGAUAUUGUUUCUGGACGGUUGAUUGACCCGACAACAAAGAGAGUUUACACGCCUGGUAUGAUUUCUAAGGCUUUAGAUCAGCUGAGCUCGGCGAGUGGGCAGUUACAGCAGCAGCAACAACAGCAGCAGCAGCAGCAGCAGGCACAAGCUGGUGAGGAUGGGGCGGGUGGUGACGAAGCGGCAGGGGGGCAAGCUGCGCAACCGCGGAAACCGUUGUGGACGGGCGUGAAUCCGAAUAAGUCGGCGAAGAGUUUGGCUCUUGAGGCGAUGAAGGCGUUGAUUGCGUGGCAGCCUAUUCCGGUCAUGCGAGCGCGCAUGCGACUCAGAGUAUCAUGCCCUGUAUCGAUGCUAAAGCAGAGCGUCAAGUCUGCAGCGCCAGCAGCUGCAAAUAAGGAGAAGGAGGCUCCAUCUGGGGGUGGUUCUAAGAACAACAAAAAGGGCAAAAAAGGAAAGUCGAAACGCGGCGAUGACUCUGAAUCCGAAGGAGAGGCCACGCCCCCACCGGCGAAAGGACCUAGCAACGUUAAGGAUAAGAUUCUAAGCUAUAUUGAGUCUGUUCAGUCCCAGGAAAUUGCCAGUGAUGAAUGGGAAGUAGUAGGGUUUGCGGAACCAGGUGCUUUCAAAGGACUGAACGAGUUCGUUGGUAACGAGACUCGGGGUAGGGGGCGAGUUGAGGUAUUGGAUAUGGCUGUGACUCAUGAAGAUUAAAUGUGCUGCGCAAUGAAUGUUAUGGAUAACUCGAUUUGGACGAUUGAUGAUAGAAAUAUACUGCAUAAACUGCAUCAAUUAUGAAAUAACUGGAUAUAUAUAUAAUGAAACCUAUCAUGCCCAGCCUAGCGCCUACCAAAGAACUACGCCAACCAACACCAGGAACACAAAGACAGCACCAGGCGAGAAUCAACAAACCAGCCAGCAGGAACCCAAAACUCCACACCAAAAUAAAAAAAUCAUCAAAGAGACCAUCAGCCCGAAACAAGCAAAACAACAUCCUUGCCUACCCCCAGCUCCCUAGCAACCCUCACCGUCUCUAGAACCGCAUGCCCCGUCGCCAAACUAGACACGAUACCCUCCUGCUCACACAACACACGUAGGCCCUGUACUGCCUCCUCAUUAGAAGCCGUAACCGUCUCCAAACGCCCCAUAUCCUUCCAAUGUGCCAGUUCCGGCCCGGCACAAGGGAAAUUCAAAUCUGGGGCUAUGGAGUA